AUGGCACGUCUCAUUCACACAAAUCUGGACGAAGCAAACACCCCAGGUCCCGGCCCAACAUCAUCAAUAUCACCAGACUCAUCUACUUCUGAUAAAGAAAAUCGGUAUCAAGGUAAUAAUAAGAGAACUACCGUUGCGAUGCCACCGCAUGCACAGGGUAAACGACGGCGGUUAACCGACCACCCCUCAAAUACCCAGUCUGCUCGAUCUGCUCAGUCUGCCCGAUCUGGGCAGUCGCAAGCAUCGUCUCAACGAACCAGCAGUGACACACGAUACUAUGACCCUGAUCAGGACCCCGAUGAACGGAGAAUUGUACGGAGGGGACUUCGAGAGCUGGGUAGGGAGCUAAAUGAUACGCGGGGCGAGCUCAUGCAGCCUGGGAAUGAUGGUAUCCUCAAUAUAGUUGAACAAGCAAAUCAAUUCUACGCCAAAGUGAAGCAGACCGCCGACGCCACGCUCGAUUCGCGCAUCCUGGUCAACACCGCCGAUCUAACGCACAAAAAAGCCACUCAGCUCGCUCUCGGCGACACCUCUGCUGGUAUUGAUGUAGACGAGUUUGUCUCUAAGUGUGUAUCGUUCAUGCGUCGCGGCCCAAACAAUGCGACGGCUUCAACACAGGGACGCCGAGGGCGUCUUGGUCGAAGCCAAAGAGACCCCGAUGCCAGUGACGAAGAUGAUGAUGGUGAUGCGAUGAAUUGGGACACGCUUGGCCGAUCGGCCUGCUUUCCUAGCAAUGCUCGUCCGGCCGUGUCCGGAUGGUUGCUGGGGCCGCUGUCAGUACAGAAGCGUACGCGGCAAAUGACACAGCGAAGAGCAGCAGAGGUUAUUGAUCCGUCGCAAGCCGUGGCACCUCGAGAAAUGGCACAGCAGGAUCUUGGUCAACAGGACAGCACAAAUCUGACCCAGAUCUGUUCCGAGAUCAACAAGCUGCUUGCCACGAGGCAGCGUCUCAGUCAGCAUGCAGUUGAGACAGAGCUUCGCAACGAAGUCAAUCUCACAACAGAGAAAGCACAAAAAAUCAUGGACAAGCAUAGCGUAGCGGACGACGGAGGAAUUCCUUUGUUUCGCUUCUGUAUCAACCCACAUUCUUUCGGGCAAAGUGUGGAAAACUUGUUCUACGUGAGCUUCCUUGUGCGAGAUGGCACAGUGGGUGUACAAACAGAUAGUCGUGAUUUGCCGACCUUGCAUGCGUCCGCGCCGUUCGCCCCCAGUGAGGCCCAAAAGAAAGGCGUGCAAAAACAUCAGGCGGUUUUUAGCCUGGACCAUGAUACGUGGCACGAAAUCAUCGAUGUUUUCAAGAUUAAGGACUCCAUCAUCCCCCACCGAAAAGAGGAGGAGCAAGAGACUGGCACAAGUUGGUAUGUCUAA